UCAACAAAGCCUAACCACGAUGGCAAAAAGUCAUUGGCUUCGAUCGUGGCCGGUGGCUUUGCUGUGGAUUCCAGUCAAGGCGGAACUUGGCUUCCUGAACAUGGAGAAUAUGUGUGUACAGACUCCGUUACCUUUCAUUUGUCCGAGCAACAGUGGUUCCAGUGCUUCGAGUGGUUCCCCCUUCGGGGCCUUCCCACCGCCGAAUCCUUCAACGCCAAGCUGCUCGACGAAUCCAGACAGCUGUUGCAAGCAAUCCAGCUGCAUUCAGAUUGGAGGGAUGGCCCUUCCUAUGAUUGGAGCAUGCAGGCCAGACCGUGGCGAAACGAGAUGCGCCGACAUGUCCACACCUUUCGGUGGAAUGGGCGUGUGCCAAUGUGCUCAGGGAGUUUGUGCAAGCAAUGGUGUUUGCAUGGACAACAGCUUCCUCGGUCUGGGAGGACUCCUGGGCACCAACAAGAACUUUGAUGCGAAUCAGAACCAACAGUACCAACAGUCCCAACAGUACCAGCCAUAUCAGCAGUACCAGCCGCAGCAAGGCCAACAGAGAUCGCCUCUGCCGUUCUUCGGUCGAUUGUACAAGGCAUCAGACCAUGUGGUGCCGCCGGAGGACCAUUUGCCAGGUCUGCUGAUAUUAGGCUUUUGCUGCUUCGCCCUGGUGCUGUUUGCUGCCCGUCGUUGUGCAACACAGGCAGCGCCUGUGUAUCAGGCAGUGAGUCUUUCUGAAGCCAGUGAGGAGGAUGCCUAAAGUCUUUUGGAGUUUCCAGCAAAGCCUGGAAUCGGAGGUUUGUACCAAACAUUGGGCGACUGAUAUCCAAAAAUGGGAGAUUGGCAGCUCAAUGGAUUGAAAUCCACGCGAUGGGACAUAGCCGAAAAGAAA